CUCUUCUUCGUUCAUCCCCUUUGUUUGGUACAAUGAGUGAUUCUGAACCUUUCGUCAAGCCAUCCAUCCAUCCAUCCAUUCAUUCGGUUCGACGUCCCGAGCGCUGAGCCCCCGUCUCAACGCACAAGAGUCACAACAGGCAAGCGGACAGACAGACUGACAGUCGCAGCAGGCGUGACUGGACGGCUUCCUCUUUGCUGUGUGUGUCCCUUGGUCUGUCUUUUGUCUGUCUGUCUGGGAUGAGUGCAGAGAUGAUUGGCCGUUCUGCCUGUCUCGCCCUGUGUGUGGCCGUCGGUGCCCUCGCCCUGUGUGUGACGGCCACCAGUACGCGUCGCCAGCACAUCGACACAGCUUUGCACCAGCACGGUGAGAAAUCGCAGCUUUCACGACGGCACCCAUGCGUGAAUCAGUCAGCAUUGCAAUGUGUAGUUACCUCUGCUCGGCUAUCGGCACUUCUGAAGCGACACGCCGGUAACUAAGUGACUGGACAGACCGGAGCCUCGCACACACAUACACACAGUCCCCCCAUCCAGCUGCACACAUUGUCCCCUCCCCCUUCCUCCGUCCCUUUUGUCAAAUCCACCCCCGAAGGCGAUGGUCUCCCACGCCCCGGCCCAGCCCCCUGCCCACCUGGGAGACACCGGUAUGCCUGUACGUUCACUGCCCAGCCGAAUACCUGCAUCUUGUAUGUGUGUAUGUGUGCAUGUAGGCCGCAUGACGACGUGUGUCACGUGUGAGGGCCUCCCAAGGGCUGAGUGCAAGUAUCAGAAGUGCACGACUAAGGACGGCUUCCGCGGCGGGUGUGUGUGGACCGGAUCCAAGGGGUGCACGUGUUUGACGGAGAAGCAGGCCCGUAUGGACAAAGGUACAGACAGACAGGCAGACAGACAGGCAGAUGACGUACGUCAAAUUGUCAUGUUUUCUGUCUGUCUGUCUGUCUGUCUGCCUGCGUGGCUGUCUGUCUGGGUACGUAUCCCCGUGGCUUCAGGCCAGUGUUUGGACGACGACGAGUGCACGAAUAAGGGCCAGUUCUGCUACCACCACGUGCACAACCAAGAGUUCCUCCACACGCAAACAAUCGGGAAAGGCAAGGCAAGCGAUAGAUAGAGGUCAAGAAACCCCCUCUCUCUGAUUGCUUGACUGCACGGUUGCAGGCGGCGGGCGGCCAUUGGGACGCCGGGUGCGGCAAGAAAUUUGCCUGGUCGAAGGAGCACCCCUGCGACACCGGCCUCAAGUGCAAGAGAAAGACCUCGACCGUAUGGGCGGUCGUCCCUAUCGUGGAAAUGGUUCACGUCUGCCUCAAGCCUGAGUAG